AUGCGGUCCUUCACCUCACCAUUGGCAUGGGCUACCAUCGCCCUGGCUUUCUCUCCGGCUGCCCUCUCGGGGCCAGUCAAGAGAAUCAAUGGCCCAUGGAUGGCCAUUGACCUCGACUUCCCGGAUCCAAGCUUCCUCAAGGCCGCCGACGGUGUCUGGUAUGCUUUUGGCACAAACGGUAAUGGCCACCGCAUCCAGGUUGCCAAUUCGACGGACUUUAAAACAUGGACGCUGCUGGAUAUCGAGGCGUUGCCAACAGUAGCGAGUUGGGAGCUUGACCAACAGCACUGGGCCCCGGACGUGGUUCAACGCGAUGACGGGAAAUAUGUCAUGUACUAUUCAGGCGAUGCUGCCUCCGAUUCACCACACCACUGCGUCGGCACAGCAAUCGCCGACGCCCCAGCAGGCCCCUACGUGCCCAGCAACACGCCGCUCUCGUGCCGUCUGGACCAGGGCGGCUCAAUCGAUCCAUCCGGAUUCCGGGACUCAACUGGAUCCCGAUACGUGGUGUUCAAGGUAGACGGCAACAGUAUCGGGCAUGGCGGCGACUGCAACAACAUGGUGGAUCCCAUCGUCCCGACUCCCAUUAUGCUGCAGGAAGUCGCAGCCGACGGCGUCACGCCCGUGGGCAAUGCAGUGCAGAUUUUCGACCGCACGGCGGACGACGGACCGCUUGUCGAAGCGCCAAACCUCAUCCUCCAUGGCAAUACUUAUUUCCUUUUCUACUCGUCGUAUUGCUUUACGGAUCCGCAGUAUAGUGUGAAAUAUGCCACUGCUAGCUCUAUUACCGGGCCUUACACUCGGAGUGGCGUUCAGUUGGUCCAGACCGGCGCGUACGGGCUAACAUCACCUGGCGGUGGGACUGUUUGUGGCUGUGGCCAGGAGAUGGUGUUCCAUGGCUUCUGUGGCAAUGUCACUGCUCGGAAUGAGAGGUGUACAUAUGCCGCGAACAUUAUUGUUGAUGGCACCAGCAUUACCCUUGCUUGA